AUGGAAAAACAGCAGCAUCAGGCCUUACUACAACAACAACAACAAUCAAUGGAACAACAGCAGCAUCAGGCCUUACUACAACAACAACAACAAUCAAUGGAACAACAGCAGCAUCAGACCUUACUACAACAACAACAACAAUCAAUGGAACAACAGCAGCAUCAGACCUUACUACAACAACAACAACAAUCAAUGGAACAACAGCAGCAUCAGGCCUUACUACAACAACAACAACAAUCAAUGGAACAACAGCAGCAUCAGGCCUUACUACAACAACAACAACAAUCAAUGGAACAACAGCAGCAUCAGACCUUACUACAACAACAAUCAAUGGAACAACAGCAGCAUCAGACCUUACUACAACAACAACAACAAUCAAUGGAACAACAGCAGCAUCAGGCCUUACUACAACAACAACAACAAUCAAUGGAACAACAGCAGCAGCAACAACAGGGAUUGUCAUUGCAGCAACAGCAAUUGGAUCAAACCCAAGCCUAUGCGCAACCACCGCAAAUUGACGUACAACAGCAGCAACAACUGCAGCAGCAGCAACAGCAGCAAAUAUUGUUACUACACCAACAACACCAGAUAGAACAUCAGCAACAACAACAAGCAAUGUUACUAGAACAACAACAGCAAGUGUACAUACAACAGCAGCUUGAACAACAGCAGCAACAGGCGUUGCUACAACAGCAACAACAGGCGCAACUACAACAGCACCAACUGGAGCAGCAGCAAGCGUUGUUACAACAGCAGAUAUUUGAGCAACAGCAGCAGCAAGCUCUGUUACAACAGCAGCAACAAGAGCAGCAGCAACAGCAAGCCUUAAAGCAACAGCAACAACAGGCACAACUACAACAGCACCAGCUAGAGCAACAGCAAGCGCUCCUACAGAAACAACAGCAACAACAACAACAACAACUGGAGGCUCACCAAGUGAGCCAGAUACAACAACCACAAAUUGAUUUACAACAGCUGCAACAACAACAGCAAGCUGUGCUGAAACAACCGACCCAACUACAACAACAGGCGGUCGUCAGUCAUCCAGUCAACCCACAGCACCAGCAGGCUGUGCUUCAGCAACAGUUGGAACAACAGCAAGCCAUGCUACAACAGCAACAGCAACAAGUGAUUUUACAGAAACAGCAAUUAGAGCAACAACAGCAGCAAGCUCUGUUACAACAACAGAUUGAACAACGGCAACAGCAGGCAUUGCUACUGCAACAACAAGCGGAGAGAAUUAACCAACAGGGUUUGCUACAACAGCAGCAGCAACAGAUUCAACAACAGCAAGAGACUGGGCAACCGCAGCAGCACCAGCAAACCACCAUAAUUCAAGUACAACAAAGCGAGAAACAAGAGACCGCUUUAAUUCUGCAACAAUGUGAGCAGCUGCAAGCAUUGAUUCAACACCAACAUAUUGAUGUAUGUAUGUUGCAAAACCCUGCUUUGUUUCCAUCUAGUCACACUAGCCUAACCCAGCAGCAACUGACAGAACAACAGCAAGUGGUGCUGAUACAACAACAACAACAACAACGACAACAACAAAAACAACCUAUCUUACUGGAGCAACAACAACAGGUGUACGUUGCCCAGCAACAUCAGCAGCACCAUCAGAGCUCUGUCAUUGAACCUCAGCCUCAGAUCCCCCUUAUGGUCCCAGCCAUACCAGCAGCAGAGGUUAUACAGGACAUUCAGGUCCAAGCUCAGAUGGCCGCCCAGGGUCAGGAAGUGAUACCUGUAGCCAUUCAGCUACAGAUUUCCAGCCAAGCUCUACCGGCUGUAGUGCAAGCCCAUGCCCAAGUCCUGGCCCAGAUUCAAGCUCGGAAUGAAGCUCACCCUCAGAGCCAGGGCAAUGUCUCAGUCCCAGUACUCCAAGCCCAGACCCAGCCUCCACACCAAGCCCAGCCCCAGAUGAUCGAGGUCCAGAUUCCAUUUCACAUGGUGGCCCCAUUCCAGGCACCAAGUCCUCCGAUCCCUAUCCAGCCUCAGGUUCCUCUGGUACAGGCUCCCCAUCAGAUGCCAACUCUAAUACAGACCCAGGCACCAGGGCAGUCAGUCAUCCAGCAGACUCCCCAGCCUUUGCACCCAACCCAGGCCCAGACUCAGAUUCCAGAAGUUCUUGAGACUCAGAUGAUGCCUCCUAAGCAUCAGAGCACAGCUCUGGUCCAACCCCAACCUCCAGUUUCAAUACCCCCCAUGCAAAGCCAGGUCCAGCCUCAACCCCAGCACCAGUCUUUAGUGCAGCCCAGUGUUCAACUUCCAGAGGUGGUGCAGCCUCAACUCCAGCACCAGGCUCCGGCCGGCCUAUUGGCACCGCAGUAUGUCACUGCACUUCAGCCCACACAACAGCAAACCAUGCAGCCAGUCCAACAGCAACAUCAGGACAUCACUCAACAAGUUUUACAACAACAACAACAACAACAGCAGAUACUGAAGGAUCAACAACAGGAGAUCACUCAACAAGUUUUACAACAACAACAACAGCAGAUACUGAAGGAUCAACAACAGGAGAUCACUCAACAAGUACUACAACAACAACAACAGCAGAUACUGAAGGAUCAACAACAGGAGAUCACUCAACAAGGACCACAACAACAACAACAGCAGAUACUGAAGGAUCAACAACUGGAGAUCACUCAACAAGUACCACAACAACAACAACAGCAGAUACUGAAGGAUCAACAACAGGAGAUCACUCAACAAGUACCACAACAACAACAACAGCAGAUACUGAAGGAUCAACAACAGGAGAUCACUCAACAAGUACCACAACAACAACAACAGCAGAUACUGAAGGAUCAACAACAGUUCAUGCUGCAGAACCAGCAGAUGAUGCUGUCCCCUGGAUCUGUUGGAACUGUCCUUGCAGCCCCUGCAGCCAAGGUCAUAGACCCUACCACCUUGGGCUCUGCUUCGUCCCAACACAUACAACAACAGACUGGACAAGCUCCAGCCCCCAUCCAGCUGGCUCUGCAGUCCCUUCCCCCUCAGCAGCAGCAAGUCUCAAUUCCCACUCUCAACCGAAGUCAACUGACUUCUCCGCUUCCUCAGAUCCCCGCACAUCUGUUGCCCCAGCAGCCCACUGUUAACCCAGCACAGAUAGCAGCCCCCAGUAACGUGCCCCAGCUCGGGACUCAGACUAGAGCCCUACCCCUCUACAGUCAGGUAGGAGCAGGAGGUCCUCCACCAUCCCCCCAGAACCAGGCUCAGCUGACGCAGCCGCUACCCGCCCACACACACACCCAGACGGCCAUGCAAGCUCUCGCAAACACUCACACCCAGACACUGGCCCAGACGAAGGUCCACACCGAGACCCAGCUCGCUGAGGCCGCAUUGGUGGCUGCCACCACCGAGCAACAGCACCCUCUGAAUCCCCCCCAGGCUACUUCCCUCCCUCUUCCACACAUGUCCCCCUGCCCCACUCAUACAGCAUCUCACCCUCAACCUGCCUCCCUGCCACCCCUCUGUCCUGCUACCCCUGGCCCAGAGACCCAGCCCACCCCACCAGAGAGUCAGCUAACCCUGCCUGGCCUGGCUGAUGGGCCCCCGGGACCCACUUCUCCCCCGUCUGUUGCCGCCGCUGCUGCUCAGCCCCUUGAUUCUAACGCCCCCUCACUGCUGCCCCCAACCUCAACCUCGCUCCCAGACUGUGACCCUGCUCUGCUGAGCAUUGCUCAGGAGAGUCCGAAACAGUCUGGCACAAAGGGACACUCCACUUCAGGCUCUGUUCCAGACAAUGGGGAUGGGGAUUUACAGAUGUUGGCCAAUGGGAAACUAGAGAGGGUGAAGUCUCAGAGGAGAUUGUCCUAUCGGGGGCCAGAAAAAGGAUCACAUGCAUUUCAACUGACCAUGAUUCAGGUGUCCGGCUCUGGGGACAACAUGGUGGAGUGUCAGCUGGAAACCCAUAGCAACAAGAUGGUCACCUUCAAGUUCGACACUGAGGGAGACGCACCUGAAGACAUUGCAGAUUACAUGGUGGAGGAGGAUUUUGUCCGUGAAUCAGAGAAAGAGACAUUCGUGGAAGAGCUGAGGUCCAUUGUCAAGAGAACUCAGGAAAUUCUCCUCACACAUCAACAGACUGGCUCUAUGGAACAGCUGCAUGUGAGCACUCCAACAGGCACAGCAAUGGACGGGGCGCCUCAGUCGUCUCCGGUGGGCAGAUGGAGGUUCUUCAUCAACCAGACCAUCAGACACAGAGACUCCACAUCAAACCAGGGAGGAGCGUCCACCCCUCCACCUCUCUCGACCGGCGAGGUCAGGGUGCCUCAGCCUACAGACACUGACCCAGAGUGGGAUGGAGAAUCCCAGAGAUCGGACUCCUCCUUUGCUGAAAUGGUUUCCUCUCCUCCUAUCUGCCCCACCUCCACCUUGUGUGCCCUGGCCUCUGCCUCCUCCCCCCCUGCCUCCACCUGCGUCUCUACCAUUUCUACCCCUGCCUCCAUGUCUGCCCCCCCAGCCACUGCUGCCCCCACUCCUGACACGACUGCCUCUGCUGCCUCUGACAGAAGUGUUUCUGACCUGGCUUCUACUAGUGGAGCUGUUGCCUCAGUCCUACACCCAGUCCCUGCUGCCUCAGCUGGUCUAGACCUGCAGGCUUCCAUCCACAAAAUUUCCAGUACAACCACAGCAACAUCCUCCAUUCCAACCCAUGUCCCAAACACCGCUACCAACCUCCCAGUCCCUGCCAUGGUAGCUGCUUCUGCCACCAUUGCGCCCUCUACCACAGGCUGUCUAACUGAAGCUCUGACCUGCUCCAUGGUGAGCCAGGGCCAAGGCCCAAGCCUGGGGGAUGUAGUGAUGGUGGCAGCCCCAGGGCAGUGUGUGUCUGGUGAGGGCCACUCAUCCACCGGCUCCAUCCACCCUCCAGUGGCUGUGGCUACAGCUAUGGCCUCUCCUCCUGCCGGCCAUGCAGUUCUGGAGCAGCAGCAAAACACUCUGCCUCAGAUUCAGUGCAUGGCAACCCAGCCUCAAGCUCUGCCUCAGAUUCAGUGCAUGGCAACCCAGCCUCAAGCUCUGCCUCAGAUUCAGUGCAUGGCAACCCAGCCUCAAGCUCUGCCUCAGAUUCAGUGCAUGGCAACCCAGCCUCAAGCUCUGCCUCAGGCCCAGGUCCAGUUACAACAGCAGCUCCAGACAAUGCAACAGGUACAGCAGCAGCAACAGCAACAACAACAACAAACCCUGCAGGCUGUGCAACUUCAACAGGUACAGCAACAACAGCAAGUGUACCAAGAGCAGAUACAACUGCAGCAUCAGCAGCAGCAACAAGCGUUGCAAAAAUCUAUUGAACAAUUGCAGAUGCUGCAACAGCAACAACUACAGCCACAACAACAACAACAACAACAAGAGCAGCAGCAGCAGUCUCAGCUACAUUUACAGCCCCAGCUCAGUCAGACAAAGCCAUUACAAAAACAGUGUAUGCCCCUGCAACCACAGACAGAGAUGUUGCCACUGGCACUACAACAACAUAUACAUCAACUGCCUGUCCAAAUGCAGAACACACAGUGCAACACACAGUUACACAUUCAACAGCCACAGCUACACCAGUUACCACCACAACAACAACUACACCAGUUACCACCACCACAACAACAGCCACAGCUACACCAGUUACCACAACAACAACAGCCACAGCUACACCAGUUACCACCACAACAACAGCCACAGCUACCCCAGUUACCCCAACAACAACAGCCACAGCUACACCAGUUACCACAACAACAACAGCCACAGCUACCCCAGUUACCCCAACAACAACAGCCACAGCUACACCAGUUACCACAACAACAACAGCCACAGCUACACCAGUUACCACAACAGCCACAGCUACACCAAUUACCACAACAGCCACAGCUACACCAGUUACCACCACAACAACAACAGCCACAGCUACACCAGUUACCACCACAACAACAACAGCCACAGCUACACCAGUUACCACCACAACAACAACAGCCACAGCUACACCAGUUACCACCACAACAACAACAGCCACAGCUACACCAGUUACCACCACAACAACAACAGCCACAGCUACACCAGGUACCACAACAACAACAACAGCAACAGGCAGCGAUUGACCUGCAGCAACUGCAUCAGCAACAGUUAGGUCUGGAACAGGCACUAGAUAUUCAGCAGCAACAGUUAGGUCUGGAACAGGCACUAGAUAUUCAGCAGCAACAGUUAGGUCUGGAACAGGCACUAGAUAUUCAGCAGCAACAGUUAGGUCUGGAACAGGCACUAGAUAUUCAGCAGCAACAGGAAAUGUUCCAACAACAACAACAGUCUUUUAUGGCUGGAACCGCCAUACAGGGAGAUGUGUUACAGCAGCAACCUGCGCUGCUAGCCCAGUCAGUGAACCAACAGUAUGUCCAACAACAACCAGUACAGCUACUAAACAUGGCACUGGUGCAACAACAGCAAGCUCAUCAACAACAACAACAACAACAACAACAACAACAACAACAACAAGAGGUUAACCCUCAGCAGAAGCAUCAGGUGCCCCAGCAGGAACAGCCGUUGUUCCAACAGUCAGAGUGGGAGCUGUCUACAUGGGAGGCCAUUGUGACCGAGGAUAAAGUCAGUCACUCUGCACCUCUACACCACUCCUCAGACUCCACUCUGCCCCUCAACAUUAACACAACCUCCGAUGCCCCCCUACACCCCCUCUCCCUCACCCUGACACGCUCCCCGGUCCAACCAUCCUCUGUGGCUGAGUCAGACAGCGAGGGCCCUCCCAAAAUUGAGUUUGUAGACAACCGCAUUAAGACUCUGGAUGAAAAGCUGAGGAACUUGUUGUAUCAGGAGUAUAGUAGUGGGGCAGCUGUGACGGGGGGAGCUGCUGUGGUUUCUACCUCAGGUCCCACCGCAGUGUCAGCAGCCUCCACAUCGGCAGGAGGGGUCACAUCCUCGGAGCCGCCAUCGCUCCGUCUCUCCUCCUUCCCUACUCCUGCCUCCUCCUCCUCAGACACCUCUCCUCAUUCCUCCUCCUCCACCACCUCCUCCACCACCUCCCGCUCCUCCUCUACCUCUCCUGACCUGGAGAGGGGGAGAGGAGUGGGGGAGGAGGCUCCUCCAACAGGCCCGGUGGAGCAGCAGCCCGCCCCGUCUCUCUCCUCCGCCUCCCCCCCUUCCUCUCCCCUGGCCCCGCCACAUGGAGACUCUGCCGGGCCACCGCCUAUCCCUGGAGAACCCACCUUUCUUGCUGCCCCCUCUCACUCUGACACCAGUACCCCAGGAGAAGUCACUACGUGGCCCCCCAAUCUGCACCCCGUCCCCCUGGGCCAUGGACUGCCACAGCAUAAUGCAGGAGGUGGAUAUUUUGGCCUAAACCUGACAUGUCCUAGUAUCAGAAAUCCCGUUAGCAAGAAAUCCUGGACUCGCAAAUUCAAAAGCUGGGCGUGCAAACUGCGCCACUCCGCCAGCUUGUUCAAGAAGCCCAGAGUCAAGCAAGAUGGUCAUUCUAGAGGCAGCCAGGCAGUCAGAGAGGGAGCUUCCUCCAACCCUACCCACUCACUCAAGGGACGAUUUCGGGUCACCGCAGUGCCCCAGCUCCCCGAGACCUCUCCCCCCAAAGAGGCAGCCUCCGGUAUAGGCAGUAGUCACAGGAAAGUGGGGCGCUUCUCUGUCACCCAUACGGAGGCCCAAAGAGAGGAGAAAGAGCUAACAGACAGCUCCCAUGUGUCUCCUGACCUGGAGAGAGAAAGGAGGAGGGCCCGAGGGAAAGAGGGAGAGGAAGGGAAGAAGAAUCCAGCACUGAGCCACCCACCCCGAGGACAUGGGCAUGGUCAUUCACCCCUAGGCAGUAGUGAUGAUGAGGAGAGUGAAAUGGGGGAUGAAGACCUGAGGAAGGAGCUGCACAAGAUGAGAGAGAAACACAUCAAGGAGGUGGUGUCCCUGCAAGCUCAGCAGAACACAGAGCUCCAGGAGCUGUACAAACAGCUCCGCUCCCUCCAAGAGCACCGGCCGACCCUGCCUCUGCCCCGCACCCCAAACCUCCCCUCGGGAGCGACAGCCCUCUCCCCCCGCAGGCCCCGCACGGCCAAAGCCAAGCUCCGGCCCAGACCCCACUCCCACUUAGACAACAAUGGAGUCACUGGUCACCCUGGUAUCGAGCAGUCCAGUAGUUUUUCAGGCGGAGAACAGAGCAGACUACCACCGUACUGCAACCCAGAACACACCAACCUACUGACUACUAAAAGAGACCACAGUCCUCCCUCUCAAGGUGCCAGGAAGAGCACGUUCACAGAUGACUUGCACAGACUGGUUGAUGAUUGGACGAAGGAUACAGUGGGUCCCACCCAUCCCAAGCCCUCGCUCAAUCAAAUCAAGCAGAUUCAGCAGGUGCAGGAGUUGAGAGGCUGGCCACAGCCCACAGAGGUGGCUCCUCCAGGUUGGUUUCCUGUGGCACCACUGAACCCCCAGGCCUCCCCAGCCCCAGCUCAGUACACUGCUGGGGGGAGCCUGAGCCAGUGGAGCGGGGUGGGAGGACCACCAGGUUCACAGCAACAACAACAACAAACGCACAUGCCUCAAGUCCCACAGCUGCAGCAAAGUUUACAUCUCCAGCAAGCCCAGCCUCCUCACCCAUUACAGAUACAGGCCUUUCAGCAAUCACCUCUAUGCCUACAACAACAGCCCCUAAUCCAGACUCCACUACUGUCUCAGUCCCUGGCUCCUGUACAGCCACAGACUGGGCAACAACAGAUACCCAAGCAGCCCAAUGUAGGUGUAGGAGCCUCACCACAGAAUCAGAAUCAACCUCUGUUGCCUUCCCAGAUACCCCAAAUGGCCCCGUCAUCUGAGCUGGCCCUGAUACCUGGGUCUAGCACAACCGCGGUGGUGGGAACCAUAGACACUGGACCUGCUGCUGCUGCCACCGGUGUCCCCGGAGGGACAUUCUGCUCCUCCUCCUGCUGCUCUGCUGCAGCUCAACCAUCCAGUGCCAAACUUCACCCCACGCCCCCAACCUCAACUCUUCCUCUGGGACAGCAGUGAAAUGAAGAAAAUAAAAAAAGGGAAGAGUGAUGUCGAUUAUGAUGGAACGAGGGAAGGAGAAAAUGUAUGGAGAGUGUGUAUGUUAUGAGAGUUAAAUGUCUGAGAAUGAGAAAAUGGACGCCAGUGGGUUUGUAAAGUUGAGAUGGGGAGUGAAUGAGAGAGAUGGUUGAGUCUAUGUAGAGUAUGUAGAGUAGAAUAUGUACAGUCAGGGGGGAAAUUUGGAACUCUGGUGGGGUUCUUGUUGUGUUUGAGUGUUGAGAUGUACAAACUUGCGUAACGUUUGUGUGUGUAUUUGUGUGUGUGUGUUUGUGUUGCCAUUGAUUUUCUCAAUACAUAUCUCUUGUGUUUUGACACCAUGUUCUUUUUUUAAAUCCAACUAAUUUGGACCCUGAACUCUUCUCCCAAGCAGAGACAUGAAGGAACACAAACAUUAUGACAUUAUUAUUGUAUUUGUAUUUGUCAAUGCUUACUUAUAUUGAAAAGGACAAUGGAUUUUAGAAGUGCAAUUACUAACUGUCAUCUAAAUGUUAUCAUCCUGUAUUGUUUGUAAGGCAUUUAACAAAAUAUUUUUGUAGAAGCACGUUGACAACAAUCAACCAGACAUUUACAAGCCAAUACAGUGAGCCAACAUCUUACAUGAACAUAGCACAAAUGUUUCAACAGGCUACCAAUGAGAUGUAAAGCAGUUACAACAACAGCAUGUUACAGUAACACCACAGAGCAUGGUAAUAAUGGUGCUACCUGGCUAUUAUCACUACCACAAUGUCACUAAGCAUACUGUUGUACGGUGUAGUGCACUGGCAAGGCAUGUACUUUGUGUAUUGUUCUAUUUGACAUUGAUAAGUAGUGGUAACAACUAGGUUAGAAGAUCUAAAGUAACACGUUGAUGACUAACAUGAUUACAUUCUGAUCAAUUGAUUUCCUUAAUACACUGAAAAAUGGAUUUAAUUGAUGAAUAUGUUCAGUGGGCUUUCAUUUAAAUCUUACUGAAUAAACACUCAUCGAGACUAAAACUGCAUGAUCUUACGGCUACAACA